AAUAAUAAAAAUAAAGUUGUUCUUAGUUAACAUGUCCGCGUGUCUUUGCCCGGGGAUUUACUCUUUACCAAUUUUCUCUGUGACGCCGGAAAGACGUUUAUUGAUCGCUAAUAGACAGAGAAACAAUAUUAACCCGUCACACAUCACAUCUACCUGACGUUAAAUGCUCCCCGAGCGUCUCCAAACGCGCAAAAACGCGCAAAUCAAUCCCAUUGGCCGGAAAUAUGAAUCAUCUCACGGGGGAAUGACGAACGAGAUCACGACUCCGCGGGCUCUAUAUAAACUCCAGAAGUGCAGACCCAACCAUCAACUGCAACAACAAAAAGCAACAACAACAACAGAGAACACUAUCACCCGAGCGCGCAAUGGAGAGGUCCGUCAGAUCCGUGCUGGUGUUCGUAGCUGUUUCCAUCCUCAUUUCCAGCCAUCCCACAGACGCCUGGUACAAGCAGUCGACCGGUCCAAGUUACUAUUCGGUUGGGAGAGCGUCGGGUUUGCUGUCGGGCAUCCGGAGGUCGCCGUAUGUGCGCCGGUCUGAGGGGGAAUCAGCGCUGGACAGCGGAGAGACUCCCGGGGUCUCCAACAGCGUCCUGGCGGAGCUCAGCAGCAGCAACAGCGGCAGACAGACUCCAGUGCUGAAGAACAUGGUACAGCACACACACCAUUCAGAAAACAAACAGGCGAUCUGCGUAAAGGACAUUUCCCCAAACCUACAGAGCUGCGAGCUGCUUCAGGACGGUUCGAGCUCGUUUCGUUGCAAAGCAGACGUGUUUCUGUCGCUCGACUCUCUGGACUGCUUCACCUCAUGAGCGGCGCCGGUCCUUUCCCUCCCCGACCCGAGUCUCUUCCAUUUCAGGAGUGUUUACCGCCGAGGCAGCCAGACGUGCUGUUGACACUGAAUGUUUACCAGAUUCACACCAGAGAGAUCAACGCUGCUCCAGAACAUCUGCUUUCCUGCAAAACAUCACUCCUGUAUACGUGAUGACGUUUAUUAUGACUGACAUUCUAAACGUUUUUGGCGCGAAAGUAAGCAUUUUCUGUGAGCGUGACCGAUUUCCGAUUCAGUCGCUUUAGCUUAGUAAUUGCAAGAAAAGUUGACUGCUGUAAACUUUUUUUCGAUCUCCAAAGCAUAAUUAUAACAAUUAAUUAAAUCAAACAAUUAAAAAUAUCCAUUUGUGAUAUGAGCAGAAAGCUAAAAAUAACUCAAAUCAAAUGACACCGGAAGUGACACACAUUCAAAUUACAUUAUCUAAGUUACUGCUGUUAUGUAAAAAAAAAGAAAGCGUUACACAUUUACAGUAAAAUCUAGAAUUAAGACAGCACAUAAAUGAUAUUUGUUUAGUAUAGCAAACACAAAAGUGAAGUCAAACCAAAUACCAAAUUUCCUUCCAGUGUGAACACAUAUUUUGCAGGAAAACAGAUCUCGAAGAGCAGUUUGAGCCCUCCUGGUUCACAUAAUGUGAAGUAUGCUGCUUGAAAUUUGUAAAUCGAAAAUAAUGAAAUCCACAGAAACAAAACAAAGAGGUGUAUUUUUUUUUGUUCGAUCCGUUUCCCCUCGCACCCGCCCUUCUCCUGUAUCUACCUACAGAUGUAUUAAAUGUUCAUAAAAAGAGUUAUGUUAUGAGCAAAAACUUUCAAAGAUGUUUUCUUUAUUUUAUUAAACUUGAAAGACACACUGUU